AUGCGCGUCAGCUCCCUCGUCGCGACCUUGUCGCUGCUCAUCGCCGCCGCCUCCGCCCUCCCAGGAAAGGAACUAGACUACUGCAAACUGACGACCUGGCACACGAAAUGCCGCAUCCAAGACGGAGAGAUUAUCUGCGGAAGAGCACCUCGUGAGCCUCAAACUUGCCACCCCGGUUAUUCGUUCAUUAAGGUGAUGGGGCCGGACGACACUUGCAACGGCGGGAGAAUUGGCGACCCCUGCACCUGGACUGCCAAGUGCUGCCCGAAGAAGCCCGAGCCGCAGCCGGGCGGUGUCUUUCCCAGUUCGUCAAACAACUCAUAA